GAAAUCGCAGAAACCAUUAGAUGCACCGCAUCUAGUAGGCGCCCGACCUCGCUCAGUAGCAAGAAAAUCAUACAUGUUAAAAGCUUUAAACGAUGCCGUAACUGCCGGCAGUGUGCAUAAGGUCUCCUGCCUGUUGCGUGCCCAUCCCUUGCUUGUCUCCACGCGGAUGCAUGAGGGAGGAUGGACUCCGCUGCUCCUCGCUAGUUACUAUGACCAACCUGAGGUCGUGGAACUCAUCCUCAACCGCGCUGGUGUUGGUGUAGAUGACGUCGACCAAGAUAUUUUUCGUCGAACCUCGUUACACUGGCUUGCUGCGCAUGGCCAACCGUUGCUGAUUUUGAAGAUGGUGAAACAGCACGGGGCCUCUGUUGACAUACGCGAUGCCGAGCAAAACACGCCCCUGCACCGCGCAUGCAAAGCAAAUCAAGCCCUGACCGUUGCCAUGCUUUUGAUGCUGGGUGCUGAUCCCUUGGCCCGCACCGAGGAAGGAGACCUUCCAUCAGACGUGACUGAGUCGGGCAUGACCCGGUCGUGCAUGCGCCUCUGGCAAACAUCCUGCCUGCGAUUGUCGUCUUUUAAACAAGGACGUACUCAGAAAGCCUGCAACGAUUAUACGACCAAGAGUACUCAGGAUGCAAGUGAGAAAAAGGUUGGAGAAAAUCCUUUCAAUUCCUUCGUUUUGGCUGAGACCAAUUGUAGGGAGAAGGAACAGGGAUUGUUUCAGUUUCGGUCUGAAUCGCUCGGCACCAGAUCCACAGAAAGUGUGCUGUCGUGGGAGGAUGAAAAUGCAGGGGGAUCAGAAGCUCCUUCGCUGGAAGAGGAGGAUGAAGCUUCAACUUUGCUUUCGAGAGCUCAGGUCUUGUCGGCUUGGGGCAAGAGGGAAACACCCUUUUGGAAAAGAGGCUUGAGCACGUGAGUAAUUACGCACGAAAAGUAUAAGAAGGGAAAAGAAAAAGCACCGAAAGCAUUGCUGUA